AUGUGGGAUAGCGCCUCGGAGCUGCUCGACAGCGUGCACGAGUCGAUAUUUAUCCUUGAAUGGCGCCUCGACCACCUGCUGAAGCGCAGGGCAGAGGAGGGUGUGUACAUGUACGUCGUCAUAUACAAGGAGGUCACCGCGACGAUGUCCAUGGACUCGGAGCACACCAACGUCACACAUGCUUGGCACGUGCUCGAGGAAUUGCAUCCAAAUAUCGCAUGCAUGAUCAUCCCGACCAUAGAGGAAGCGGACAAUGUCGAGUUCUGGUCCCACCACAAAAAGCUCGUCAUUGUCGACAUCUACCGUGCCGCAAACUAUGUGAACAAUGGGCUCAGCGUCAUCCAGAUGGUGCGCAUGCCCUGGCAUGAUGUGCACAUGACAGCAUGCGGGCCUGUCAUGCUCAACCUUGUGCAGCAUUUUGUAGAGCGGUGGAACGAGAUCAAGAAGUGCAAGAUGAAUGGCAGCCUCGAUAUGCUGCUCACGUUUCCUGUAGCCGAUAUGAGUGGCUUGCCUUCCCACAUGAUGUCGACGCGGCACCUCAUGAGGCUGUUGCCCAGCUUCCCCAGCAUGAGGCCUGAGCGAAGGCUGUCUGCAGCAUCUCUGACUCAUGGCGUGCUCACCGAGAAGAGUGUCCAGAAUUCGUACUGCCAGAUGAUCCUCGAGGCUAAUCACUUCAUCUCCAUUGUAUGCAGCAUCUCGAACACUCAGCAGGACAGGCCUGUCAAGAAUCAGAUUGCGGCUGCAUUGCGGAUCUUGCAGGCUGCACAAAAUGGUGAGAAGUUCAAGGUCAUCGUCAUGUUACUGGAGGUUCCGGCCUUCGCAAGGCAAGGCAAUCAACCAACACUCUGCUGUAUAACUCCUACUUUAACCUCGUUGAGGAGAACAGUGGAGUCAAGCUCCAUCAGGCAAUUGCAGCGGUCACACGUCUAUGAGUCGGGGAAGACGAGGAGCAGGACGUGCCCACGGAGUGAACUUGAUGAGGUGAGAGAGCACCUCAUCCUCAUUGCCCCGCACUUCUACCAGAAUCAGCAGAAAAAGGUCACCUCCUUCAUGCGCCCUGCACCGCAUGCCAACAACAACGAGGAGAACACUGACGAGGACACAGUCAUCAUGGAUCCAUUAUCAGAGAUGAUUGAGAGACUCUGGAUUGAUAUGGCAAAGAACAGUUGGGACAUCUUCAAUGAGCUCUUCCACACUGUGCCAACCAAUCUGAUGCACUCGUGGAAUAUGUACUGGGUCAUGCCCAGACAGGUCGUCCCAGAAGUGUCACUCGAGCAAGCGAAGGAGUGUCUUUCUAGAGUGCGAGGUGCACUCGUGGAAUGCCCUGUGCACAAUUUUGUCGAAGGGAUCAAUUGA